CACACUAAAUUGUGUCAUAACGUAACAAACUGUUCUUUUUAAUUUGAAUUCAUGUGUAUAAAGUUUGCCUUCUUCUUCACGGUCAUUCAGUAACAAUACUUUAUUAAUGAAAAUUCAGUUAAGUACUACAAUCCUAGGAAAUUUGACAAAGGGCUGAUAUUAUCCUGUCGUUUAUUGAAUGGCAUAAUUUUGCUAAAACAAUCAUUCGCCCAAAAUUUUACAAAAUCCCCUAUAAAAUUUAUAAUAUUAGACGGCAUUAAGACGUCAAACAUGUAAGACUCCUAUUGUUUUAUGGUGAUGUCAUUAGUUGGCAGAAUCAUCUAUCAAAAUUUGACUUACUCAUCUCUCACACUUUACCAUACAUAUCGUAACGAGCGUGAAAUAAAAUUAAAUAUUAUGUCAAAAGACAAAAAGGGUAAAGUAUCAAAUUCUGAGGCAGUUGACUCAGAUCUCAUCAGUUUCGUCAAGGAUUUUCUCGCCGGAGGAAUAUCCGCUGCAGUUGCAAAAACGGCUGUCGCUCCAAUCGAACGCGUUAAAUUAUUACUGCAGAUUCAGCAUGCUUCAAAACAAAUAGCUGCCGAUAAAAAAUACAAAGGAAUAAUCGACUGUUUUAUUAGAAUACCGCAAGAACAAGGAUUCGCAAGCUUUUGGAGAGGAAAUUUAGCGAAUGUUAUCCGGUAUUUUCCAACACAGGCGUUAAACUUCGCUUUUAAAGAUCAAUACAAGCACUUCUUCUUAGGCGGUAUAGAUAAAGAGAAACAUUUUUGGAGAUAUUUUGCGGGAAAUUUAGCGUCUGGAGGAGCAGCGGGCGCAACUUCGUUAUUAUUUGUAUAUCCUCUAGAUUACGCAAGAACAAGACUGGGUGCUGAUGUUGGUAAAGGUAAAGGAAAGGGUUCAGAUCGUCUAUACCAUGGUAUUAUGGAUUGUAUACUAAAAACUAUAAAAAGUGAUGGACCAAUUGGUUUGUACAGAGGAUUUAUUGUUUCCGUGCAAGGUAUCAUUAUAUAUAGAGCAGCAUAUUUUGGAGUUUUCGAUACCAUAAAGUCAUAUAUGCCACCUCCACAAGACGUUAAUUUUAUGAUAUCAUUUUCAAUCGCAUUGGCAGUAACUACAUUUUCUGGCAUAAUAUCUUACCCGUUGGAUACAGUAAGAAGACGAAUGAUGAUGCAAUCAGGGCGUGCAAAAUCGGAAAUAAUGUACAAGAAUACGAUGGAUUGUUGGAUUAAAAUACUGAAGGACGAAGGGCCUGCAGCGUUUUACAAAGGUGCCUUUUCGAAUAUAUUAAGAGGUACGGGCGCUGCUUUAGUUUUGGUAUUCUAUGAUCGUUUGAAGGCUUGGUCGACGGGAGCUAAACCUUCCACUAAACCUCCAGUAGGUUGAGAUUUUAUUUCAACUCGUUUUUCUUUUAUGCCGUUGUCAUUCAUUGAGAUGUUUACAAUUCGACGUAUAGAAUAUAUUUUUACAUUAAAUACUAUUAUUAAAA